AGCUAGAAGUGCUAACAACAAGCUCACUCACGGACAUCUUGUCAGCUCAGACAAACUGAAAGAGAAGUGUAAUACACACACAUCAGCUUUACACUCACCGACAGGGAUCAGGGCCUGUCUGUAUUCACCCGUCUGACUGCUAUAUCAUUUUUUUAGACGCUGAAUGUUAGAUACAGUUUCGACAUCGUGGCAUUUUUAAUGUUAGUUUUUAUCUAGGCAGCUGGCUAGCUCUUAGGUUAGCUCACAUAUCGAGAAAUAGGGCGCUAGUUAUUCGGGAGCACACCCAGUGGGAAGAUGGCGCUUAAACGAAUCCAAAAGGAAUUGACUGAUUUGGCACGUGAUCCUCCUGCACAGUGCUCAGCAGGUCCGGUGGGGGAUGACGUUUUCCACUGGCAGGCAACAAUUAUGGGGCCGAAUGAAAGUCCAUAUCAGGGUGGCGUUUUUUUCCUAACCAUACACUUCCCAACAGAUUACCCAUUUAAACCACCAAAGGUUGCAUUUACUACAAGAAUCUACCAUCCCAACAUAAACAGCAAUGGCAGCAUCUGUCUGGAUAUCCUCAGGUCCCAGUGGUCACCUGCACUUACUAUUUCUAAAGUUCUCCUCUCCAUCUGCUCACUCUUAUGUGACCCCAAUCCUGAUGACCCUCUUGUGCCAGAGAUUGCCCGAAUCUAUAAAACAGACACAGAGAAGUAUAAUAGAAUGGCAAAGGAAUGGACAGAGAAAUAUGCCAUGCUGUAGGUGAAGGGCAGUUCUUCACUGUGAACAUUAGAGAUACAACAGAAUAGCGCGGGAAUGGACUCAGAAAUAUGCCAUGUGAUGUUGGCUGGACACAUUUACAAACUGUUUGUUCUCUCAUGUUUUGGACACUGUUGCAAGACCAUAUUUCCCCAUCUGUCUCUUAAGGAGGCAAAAGCCCAGUUUUCUGCUGAAACAGGAAUGCAGGCCUGAAUGUGGCCUUUUCACACUACACAGUCCUGAGAUGGACCUCGUCAGACGGGAACUCUGCGUCUCUCUGUUCUCUACCAAUCAGCUCUUCUCACUCCACAACACCUCAUGCCUGUAUGACCACAGUGUGUGUCUCUCUGAGCCGCUCGGAGAGAGAAUGUCUUUAGGUUGUUCUGCUUUUUUUUUUUGGGGUCCUUACUCCUGGAGUGCAUGCAAUCGCAGGAGAAAAGGUCAGAUAUUGUACAUCAGUGGGAGUUUGGGACCGAUUCCUAUAUUCUGUUUGAUUGUAAAAAUGAAAUAAAUAAAUGAAUAAAAAUGGCAAUGUUCGGAUCAGCUCUUGGCCCAACCUUUCACAGCUGUGACACUGAAAUUCAACUCACUCGAUUGGCCUAAAUAUCUAUUUAAAAUCCCGCUACUUUUCCCCUUCAAUAAAGAUGCAUAACUCAUA